UUACGUGUCAGGAAUAUUUCUCAAUCAACCACCAACCACCAACGGAGCAACCUUUUUUCUCUUUAAUUUCAUUUUCAUGGCUGUAACGAUGUUCUUGAAGUCCGACUCGUCGGCGGAUCAGUUCACAUUCCCCUCGUUUCUUUUGCAGAUAGCCGCAACCGAAGCAGCAGAGGAUGGAGGAGCCGAUAAAGCACCGUGAAGAAGCGGCGGGCUUAGAGUAUUGGCUGCGAUGGCAAGUCCCAGUAUGCGCUCUCAUCAUUCUCCUUCCAUUCGCGGUCGCGAUCAGAAUCCUCCGCCGAGAAGAGCCGCCGCCGCCUCUCCUCGCCUUCUCUGCUACUCAUCUGUGGCUUCCUUGCUGGAAAAACCUCAACCCUCUCUGGCUUCUCUUCUUCAGAGCUUUCGCCUUCGCCUCCAUGGCUUUCCUCCUCUAUCACAUCGUCGCUCUCCUCCGGGGCCUCUUCGCCUUCUACUUUUACACUCAGUGGACUUUUGCAUUGGUCACCAUCUACUUUGCACUUGCAACCUUUAUAUCUGCCCGUGGAUGCUGGAUCCACUCCAGGAAACGGUUUACUGAUGAAACAAUGAGUAGUGAAUUUCUGAAAAAGAGUUCUAAAGAGAAUGAAUCUGAUGGCACAUCAUUUUUGAAUCCAGAGGAAACCAAUCAUGCUAUCAAGUCUCAAAGCCAUCAUAGUAAAAAGGCAAAUGUGCAUACAGUAGGUUUCUUGGAGCAUCUCAUGCAAGCUAUUUAUCAGACUUGUGCAGGUGCUGUUAUGCUUACAGAUAUUGUAUUUUGGUGUCUUCUAGUCCCGUUUCUUCUCGGUGACAAAUUUCAACUCACCCUGUUGAUUGGAUCCAUACAUAGUGUGAAUGCUGUUUUCCUCAUUCUUGAUUCAGUGCUCAAUAGCCAGCCGCUUACUUGGUAUGGGCUUCCUUAUUUUGUGAUUUGGAGUGUAUCUUAUGUUGUCUUCCAAUGGAUCCUUCAUGCCUGCGGUUUUACAUGGUGGCCAUAUCCUUUCCUUGAGCUCUCAACUCCAUGGGCGCCUCUCUGGUAUUUUGCCUUGGCUUUGGUUCACCUUCCCUGUUAUGGAAUAUAUGUGCUGCUUGUUAAAGCAAAAGUGUGGACUUUCUCAAGGAUUUUCCCCAAUGCAUUUCUAAGGCCGGUGAAUGCCAGUAGCAGGAAUUCUAUGGAGAAGAAACAGACCUGAUCAACUGUAAUUCGUCGUCGACUAUAUCAGUGCCUUAUCGGUUAUUAUAAAUCAACAUAAAGUAAAUGCUUGAUCCAAGUAGUUAGUGUUGUAAAAGGCUUUCUGCUUCAUGCUUCCCAUAUUGAAAAGGCUCCCCAGUUCUUGAGGUGCAACACGAUACAAUUAGGCAUGCGUUGCCAUUACGUUCCGUUAUAGUCCGAUGUCUUAUUGUCUUAUUAUGUCCCUUAGAGAUGCAAAUACCCAAGUUAUUGUAGAGUUCAGUGGUGGUACAGGUUAAAUUACAGAUACAAACAAAUGGAGGGAUCACUCUCAUCCACAAUUACAUGGGGGACUAAAAACAACUUGAAAAGGCUUCAUAUUCAUAUA